AUGAGAAACCAUACAGUGGUAACCACAUUCACUCUUCUAGGACUGACAGAGGACCCAAACUGGCAAAUUGUAGCUUUCUUUUUUCUAUUUUUAACGUAUUUAUUGAGUGUCACUGGGAACCUUAUCAUUAUCCUUCUCAUCUUGCUGGAUCCCCACCUCAAAACACCCAUGUAUUUCUUCCUUCAAAAUUUUUCUUUCUUAGAACUCUCACUGACAACUACCUGUAUCCCUAGAUAUCUAGUCAGCAUAGCAACUAACGACAGGACUAUUUCCUAUGAUGCAUGUUUGACACAAUUAUUCUUUGCCUUUUUCUUUGGUGUGUCAGAGUUUUUCUUGUUAGCUGUCAUGUCCUAUGACCGCUAUGUGGCCAUUUGCAAGCCGCUUCAUUACACAACCAUUAUGAACUACAGGCUAUGUCAUGGGCUGGUUUUUUCCUGUUUUUUCAUUGGUGCAUUAACUAUAACUCCUGGAGCUAUUGUGAGCCAGACUUUGGAAUUUUGUGGUACAAGUAUUGAACACUUUUUCUGUGACUAUUCCCCUCUUCUGAAAAUCUCCUGCACAGACACAAGUGCCAUAGAAUAUGCAAAUUUUAUUUUAGCAAUUUGCACACUCCUGAUUACUUUGACCCUGGUAAUGUCGUCUUAUACAAACAUCAUAAGAACAAUUCUAAAGAUCCCUUCUAGCCAGCAGAGGAAAAAGGCUUUUGCUACCUGUUCCUCACACAUGAUUGUUGUCUCUAUCUCUUAUGGCAGCUGUGUUUUUAUGUAUAUUAAACCUUCUGCAGAGGAAAGGGUAUCUUUAAACAAGGGGGUUGCAGUACUCACAAUUUCAGUUGCACCUGUUUUAAAUCCUUUUAUAUAUACCCUAAGAAAUAAGCAAGUAAUACAAGCGAUAAAAGAUUUAGUCAAAAAAAUGUACCUUUGA